ACCAGUGCGGAACAGGACCUCCGAAGAGAAAGCGGAGAGUGAGCCGGGUUGUUGUAUUAUUUCCGUGCUCCGUCUCCUGUCCGCUUUUUGUUUUUUGACAGUUUUCUCAGGAGAAACUCUGCUGCUCGCUUCGUCUGGACCAAGAAAACUUCGCGCCGUCAGACCUAACAAUGGAGAUAGAGAAGGAAGUGAAGAAGAUGACCCUGGGUCACGAGUUUGGCGCUGGAGCAGCCUGCUUGAAGUGCAAGGACAAGUGCGAAGGUUUCGAGCUGCAUUUCUGGAGAAAAAUCUGCCGAAACUGCAAAUGUGGCCUCGCGGAGCACGACGUGUCGAUGAACUCGGAGGAGAACAAGAAGGUAGGCAAGCUGUUCGAGGACACCAAAUACACCGGCCUCAUCGCCAAGCUGAAGACCGACGGCAUACCCAGCUACAAGGGCAACAUGAUGACCGUCACUCUGCCCGCCUCCGCCACUGCUUACAUCGUCCCGCCGAGCGCCACUUCCACUGUUGUGCCCCCCUCUGCCAGAGCUGGUUCUGUACCGCCUGCUGGAGCUUCUACCGGACCCAGUUCUGUACUGCCUGCUGGAGCUUCUAACAGGCCCGGUUCUGUACCGCCUGCUGGAGCUUCUAACAGGCCCGGUUCUGUACCGCCUGCUGGAGCCUCUGCAGGUACAGCACCCAGCGGAGCUCAAGCCCAGGCCCAGGCUCAGGCUCAGGCUCAGCCCGUACCAGCAGGUGCUGCACCAAUGAAGGCAAACAAAUUGCCAGCGCCACUCAGCGCCACAUCAGCCAGCGUGAUGCCAGUUCCCAAAGAUGUGCCAAUGAAGUCUGUCACCUAUGAGUGGGCACCUCCAGUAGCCAAUAAGUAUCUGGCGGUGCGUUACAUCGAGCUCCUCCCACCAGAGAAACGUCCGGUGGCCGGUACAGAGGGAGCGGCUUACCGUCGGCAGCAGAUGGCCCGCCAGCUGCCUGAGCACGACCAAGACCCGUCCAUGUGCCAUGAACUGACUCCCGCCGAGGUCAAGCAGAUGCAGCAAUUCGUCCGCAAAUACAAGGAUGAGGCCCUGGGGGUCGGAGACGUUAUGCUGCCUGAAGAGAUGGCUGCGGUUCAGGCAGGAGGGCAGGGUGGAGCCGGCGGUGUUGGUGCUGGAGGUGCACCUGGUGCUGGAGGAGCAGGGUUUGGCCCUGGUGCACCUGGAGCUGGGGUUGGCGCUGGGGGUGGUGUUGGAGGGGCUGGACUUAGACCAGGAGUUGGGGUUGCUGGAGCUGGAGCUGGAGCUGGAGCUGGAGCUGGAGCUGGCUUUGGGCCAGGGGCUGCAGGCACCGGUUUCGGGCCUAUGGGUGGGGCGGGGACUGGGCCAGCUGCUGGCUUUGGGCCAGCUGGAGGAGCCAUGGGCACUGCUGCCACUGCCGGAGCCAUGGGCGUCCCUGGAGCUCAGCAAGCUGGACUACCACAACAGAACUUCACGUGCCAUCACUGCCAGCAGCCGAUGCGUCUGGGCGAGCCGGCCGUCUACGCCGAGCGCGCCGGCUACGAUAAGCUGUGGCACCCAGCAUGCUUUGUGUGCUGUACCUGCAGCGAACUACUGGUGGACAUGAUCUACUUCUGGAAGAAAGGCAAGCUGUACUGCGGACGCCACUACGGAGACAGUGAGAAGCCGCGCUGUGGAGGAUGUGAUGAGCUGAUCUUCAGCAAUGAGUACACUCAGGCUGAGGGACAGAACUGGCAUCUGAAGCACUUCUGCUGUUUCGAGUGUGACUGCAUCCUUGCCGGAGAGACGUACGUCAUGGAGAAUGAAAAGCCUGUGUGCAAGCCCUGCUACAUGAAGAGCUAUGCUGUGAAAUGCGCCGCCUGCCAGAAUGCGGUGGAGCCCGAGGCGCAGAGGGUUUCCUACGGCGAGCACCACUGGCACGCUGAGCCGGAGUGCUUCAAAUGCUCCGGCUGCUCCAAGUGCCUGAUGGGCCAGCGCUUCAUGGCCGUGCAGGGCUUCCUCUUCUGCUCCGUGGAGUGCAAGAAGAAAACCAUGGCUUAGCGCUGCCAAAGCAACUCUCUCCAUCUGCUCCACAACCACUUGUGAAACCAGGACAGGUUCAGCUGAAACUAGAAACCAGAGCAGGGAAAACAAACACUGGUGCAGCUGCGGAGACAGACUUCGGUUGUGUGGUUGUGUUAACAUGAAAUAGAGUGCCUGAUACCUCUAAUAUAGAGAUAUACAAUAAUAAUGAGUCCAUUUGCAUUUGGGUGCUCUUUCCUUUCUGUCCAUGAAAGAUCACAGUAUUGAUGAAUCUGUCUCAACUUCUUCGGUCCAGUUUGUUCUCUGCCUUAAAACCGUCGUCUUCCUUUUCCUUCCGUUUUUUUCUAUGCUUUUCUUGCACUGUGUUUUCAUACUGAUGAGAUUAAUUUUGUAUUGAUCAGACCAAUUUAUUCAUGUUAAACCUGUGUCUGUUAAAUGGUAUUAGCGCUGAACCUAUUGUUAAUUUAAUGUGCCACCUUUUACUGCUUCUACUACUGAUGCUCCCCCUCCUCUAUGCAGCAGUAUGACGAGCAAUAUUAGCCAGGUUUGGGCUUGAUUUGCUUCCAGUGCACUGUAUUCCAGAUCGAAGUGAAAUUAUGAUAUAAAUUAUAAUAAUAAACGACCUAGGACUUCUCAAUCCAGUCAUUAUGUGUCAUAUUUCAACAGCUUUGACUGAAGAAAAUUGACUUCAGUUCCUGAAUUGAAGUGAAAUUACUGGAAGUAAAUAGCCCCAAAUCUGACAGCAGUAUUAUUGGCGGUUUAAUAGUAUUUUCAUAUUAUCUUAAGGGAACAAAACAAUGUGAAAACCUUCAGUAAACACCAUCAAUUAGCAAUUAUUAUUAUUUAUUCUUUAUUUGGAUCCACAUUAGCUUUCACAAAAUGAUCUCUAGUCUUAUUAAAUAAAUGAACAAUGGUUACGUGCAAAAUAAAUAUGCAACUACUUGUUACUGCUUGUAUCACCGUCUGGCCCCAUGACAGCCGUAAACACUGUAAAGCUGUCACAUAGGAUGACUUGAGGAAAAGCCACUGUAAAUUGUUAAACAUAAAACUUUUUACUUUUGUUAUUUUUGUGCCAAGUACUUUCCUUUUCAUGCAAUAAACUGCACUUUAAACUGUU